UGGCAGCGGUUGUGGGACUCUGGAAAGGGCCAGAACAUGAAGGGCCCCAGCAGCCUGGCGGUGACAGCCUUGGCCCUUCUCCUGGCGCUGACUGUCCUGGGAAACUCCAGCGGCGCGCCGCAGAGACUCUUUGAGAGGAGGAACUGGACUCCCCAAGCUAUGCUCUACCUGAAGGGCGCACAGGGCCGCCGCUUCAUCUCCGACCAGAGCCGCAGGAAGGAGCUCGCAGACCGGCUGCCUCCAGAAAGACGAAACCCAAAUCUUCAACUACUGACUCUACCAGAGGCCGCAGCCCUGUUGCUGUCUUCCUUGCAGAAGCCACAAGAAGAUGAAGAAGGGAAUUUUGAUCAAAGCAAAUUCCUGGAAGACAGAUUGCUGAACUAAUGAACAUGUACCAGGGCACAUUCAAGUGUAGUUCUAUUCGUGGUGAAAACUGUAGCCAUGUUAUUAUGACCCGUGCAUACUUCCUUCCAUGUCUGUAACCUUGGAUAUCUGACCCCUAGGUUUAGUCUUCCAGAAGCAAGACAUGUGGAAUUCUUGGCUGGAACAACGUCAACUUCUUCUACUGCUUUGGGUUUAUAUCACCUGUGUCUUCCAUAGGCUUAGAUUUUAUAUGGCUGUUACAAUGCCAAGGCUGGGAACUCAGAAACGUUCUUUCUUUUCCCUGUAGUCAGGCCCUGUCCGGAUCUGGGCAGUAUGUUUUUUAUCCCAUCACCUCUUGCACUUGGGUGUCACUCAGCAGCAAUUCUCCCCAGUCCCCAUCUCAUUCCCAAUAAGAGAGAAGGUAUGAUUGGACAGGAAGGGCAGUGUAUCUUUUUGUGACUCACCUAAGAGAGGUCAAUUAAGGAGGGGGAUGGGGAGAAGAUGCCUGGUACAAAGCUCCCAUGAAAACAUGUAUCAUCUAUUGCUGCUGAGACAGGGGACCCUCCAUGAUGCUGAAACCCUUGGAAGGUCUGUGAAGACCCAAGGCUGGGAGCCUCUUGGUGGUCUAGGGAUCUAACUGAAUCCUACUUAGAGACUUGGACCUUAAAGUCACUGGCAUUUAAACAGAUUGUGAUGGAGUUUGCCAGAGCUACACAAAGGUACAAACCAGUUUGAGGUGCCCUGUUUUCUGUGGCUGAAAGAGACUUCAUCAUGACUUUACAUUAAGGUACACCCCCAUGACAUAAUUGUAUUUCAUAUGUAUGGAUUUAUCCACUUUCAAAUACAAAUACUCAUUCAGGCAUACACAU